CGAUUUCGUCUGAUAUCUGAGACCCUGCUCACAUGGCUACCAAGGGGAAAACGGAGUCCGGAAGAUUAGGGAGGCGAGUGAAUGCGACGACUUUUUCGACUUUCGACUUCUGUCGUUUGAUGUGAGCAACGCCGGAGCGCAAGCUUGUCUGGGAGUGAAAGUUUUAGAAGGGUCGGAGAAAAGACCACGGAGAGUGACGUCGCCUUUUGAGACGUCGCAAACGUCGCCAUGGUCGCGGAGGUGGCGUGUGACUUAGCGUCGCACGCGCAGGCGUUGCGCGAAGCAUUAGGGCAGUCGCAGAGCAACAAUGAUCGCCUGGCGGGCAUCCUAGGGUCGUUCGAUCAGCGGCUCUCCGCCUUAGAGACGGCCAUGCGACCGACCCAGGAGCGCACCUACGCCAUCCGCAAGGCGCAUGUCAACGUGGACAAGGCGCUCAAGGCUGCUGAGGUGGUGCUGGAGAAGUAUGACGUGGCGAGGCAGGUGGAGGAGCGCAUCAAGGAGGGUCCCAAGAACGCCCUGGAGCCGUACCUGGCAGCCAUAGCCCGGCUGCACGAGGGCGUGGCGUACUUUGAGGCGCACCGCACGUUCAAAAGCGCAGAGGCGGCCCUGGCGCACUCCAAGGCGCUGCUGAGAGAGGCGCACCACCGGCUGGAGGACGGGCUCAGGCAGCAGCUGCUGCAAUUCACCAAGGAGGCGGACCCAGCGAAGCUGCUGGACGCGAGCAAGCAGGAGGAGGAGGAGGGGGGCGCGGGGGAGCGGGAGGGGGGGGGGCUGCCAGUGCUGCUGGCGGACGGCAAGGCGGGGGAGAGGAUCCGCGGGCUGGCAGAGGCGCUUAUCCGCAUUGGGCGAGCUGAGAACUGCUUGAAGAUAUACACCGAGGUGCGCGGCACCAUGGUGGAGGCGGGUCUCAAGCGCAUCGCGGUGGAGAAGCUCACUCGCGAGCAGAUGGACGCCAUGACAUGGGGGGAGCUGGAGAAGCGCAUCGAGGGGUGGCGCAGGCAGACCAGGCUGGCGGUGCACGUGGUGUUUACAGCGGAGAGGGAGCUCUGCGAGAUGGUCCUGCAGGGGCUGGACCCGCACACGGGGCAGGCGUUUGCGGAUCUGGCAGGGCUGACUCUGGGCAUGCUGUUCAGCUUUGGGGAGGCGGUGGCGAGGAGCAACAAGUCCCCGGAGAAGGUGUCGGUGCUGAUGGAUAUGUACGAGACCAUGAGGGACCUCAUGCCGCAGAUGGAGAUGGUCUUUGGCGGCCCCGCUUGCGCGGCCAUCAGGGCCAAUGCGCAGCAGCUGCUGCAGCACCUGGCGGCGGCGGCGAAGGAGGCGUUCAGCAACUUCGAGCUGGCGGUGGAGAGCGAGGAGAGCAGCAAGAUGCCGCCCGAUGGGGCCACUCACGGGCUCACGAGCUACGUGGUCAACUACCUCAAGUACCUCUAUGAUUACCAGGCCACCAUGCAGGAGCUGUUCAGCCGCGAGAACCUCUUCAGCGAGGCCACCAUGCGCAUCUUCGCAGCGCUGCACGCCAACCUGGAGCGCAAGAGCAAGCUGUACCGCGACCCCGCGCUCACGCAGCUCUUCCUCAUGAACAACGUGCACUACAUCGUGCAUGCUGCUACUUCCCGCGCCCCCCGUGCGCCCUUUCUCGCCGCGCUACUCCGUCGCGCCCGCUCUUCCUCCCGUCGCGUGCCUUUUUGCCGCGCCCGCUCUCCCUUCCGUCGUGCGCCUCCCGUCGCGCCUGACGACGCGCUUCCGGCCGUCGCAUCCUCCUACUGCGCCCGUUGGUGCGCUCCUCCGUCGUGCGGUCCUCCAGUCGCGCCCUCCCGUCGCGCGCCCUCCGCGUUUGCGCACACCAGUCCAUCGCGCUCUCCGCGCGCCCGUGCGUCACGGCUCCCGUGGACGCCCGUCGACAAAUCCUCUCAGCGCGCCCGUCGCCUUUCUGCCGACGCGCGCGCGCGGUCGUCGGUCGAUUCUGCCGUCGCGUGCUCCCGUUCGUCGCGCCGUUUCGACGUGCAGCCGGUCGCCGCAUCCUCCUUGGAGCGCGUCGACUUAAGAGCUGCGCUCCGCGCACCUAUCCUUCUCCUCCUCCUUUCCCUUUUCCUCCUCCUUUCUCUUUUCCUCCUCCUUUUCCUUUUCCUCCUCCUUUCCCUUUUCCUCCUCCUUUCCCUUUUCCUCCUCCUCCCCCCCCCCCCCCCUUCCUUCCCCUCCUCCUCAAUGGCGUCCGAUUCCUCCGUGGACUUUACCUCCGUCGACGCUCUUGAGCUGCUGCCCGACAACACCGCGGUCAAUUGGCAUUCCUAUGCCCAAACCGUCACCGUGCUUCUCUCCUCGGUGACGGUCAACGGCUACAACCUGAAAGCCGUUGUCCAUCUCGAGGAGCGCGGUCUUCAGCCUGCCCAGCCGGAUGCACCCGCGGGCCCUGCACCUCCUCCUCCUGGCGAUCCUCCCGUCAGCCCCGGCGAUCCUCCAACCUUCGCCCCUGACGUCAACGACCCUCAGAGCUCCGAGACCGCCAUCCGCACCUACCGUGCCGGCCUCACCGACCACGUCCGCCAGCAGCUGCUCUUCGAGGCUUCCCGCGCCGAGCAUGACGCCGCCACUGCCGCCUACAACACGUAUCAGGCGGCGCUCGCGGAGUACGUCAGUCGCGAGCGCGCAUACAUCACCGACCUCGCUGCCUGGCGUGUCGCUGACCGGCGCGCGCUCACCAUCCUCCUCGCCACCAUUCCUCCCACCCUCAAGCGCGAGCUUGCUCCCACCUCCUCCUCCCACCUCUGGCGGCUCCUCACCGAUCUCUAUGAUCGGCAGGACGUCGCCACCCUCUACUCCCUCAUCAAGGAGUUCCAGAGCCUCACCAUGGACUCUACCACCGGCGCAGCUGCCUUCACGCGUCGCGUCCUCGACCUCGCUCGGCGCCUGGCGGCUCUUGGCGUACCGUACCCGGACCCUGUGCUCUGCUGCCACCUCCUUGAAGGCUUGACUUCUGCCUUCGACACCCAUAAGAUCGCCUACAUGCAGCUGAUCGACAAGCGCAUCACCCCGGCUGAAGUCGCCCAGUGGAUUAUCACCACCGAGGCCGACCUCCUGCGCCAUUCCUCCUCCACUGCCGCUGUUGCUCAGCAGCGCAACACCAGGGGAGGGCGUGGGGGAGGGCGUGGCGCUGGUCGUGGUGGUGGCGCGGGUCGUGGUACCAAUGGCGCAGGACGUGGUGCAGCAGCCCCCUUUCCUCCUUGCCAGUAUCUCCCUCGCUAUGGCCCCACGCGGGGUCAGCGCUGCGGCCAGACCACUCAUGCCACUGAUUCUUGCUUCAAAGCGCUCAGUGAUGAGUGGUUUGCCCGCGGCAACACCGGCACCCCCCCCCGCUGGUCCUCCCUCUCCCCUCGCCCCACUCCUCAGGAGGUUCGUACCUCCCCUCUUUUUCAGCCCGUCUCCUCCCCCUUGGCCCACCAGGCCAUCUCUCAGCAACAGCAGCAGCAGCAGACACCGCAGCAGAUCCUGCCGCAGCCGUUUCAGCAGCAGCAGCAGCAGUUCCAGCAGCAGCAGCAGCAGUUCCAGCAGCAGCAGCAGCAGGGGCAGCAUCACCUCUUCUCCCAGUUGCAGCAGCAGCUCCACCAGCUCCAGCAACAGCUUGACCUCCAGUCGCAGCUCCCCCUUGCACCUCCUCCUAUGGCUCCCCCCCAGCAGCCCUACCCCGCUUGGACCGCCGGCACCGCCGCUUCCGCAGCUCACCUCUCGGGCGCGUCUCCCGCGCUCUCAGCCACAGGCAGUGUGACUCCCUUCCCCUCCUCUGGUUUUGUUGGCAUGGUUAGUCAGGCUGGAACCCCCGCCCCUUCCAUGUAUUCGGCUGCUAUUAAUGAGAAUGUGAUUCAGUACUCCGUCCCACCUCCUCCCCCACAUCCUCCCCCCUCCACCACGCUGGACUUUGUCCUUGACAGUGGAGCCACCGAGUCCGUCCUUCGUGAUGCUGGUACCCUUCACCCUCUCCCAGCCCCCACCUCCCUCCUUGGUGCCGAUUCCAGCUUCUCUAUUCCCUGUCGCCACACCUCUACCCUCCCCUGUCCCCUCUUCCCCUCAGGUACCGUCACUGGUUUACACAUCCCCUCCCUCCGUACUAACCUCCUCUCCCAGCGAUCCCUGCAGCAGGCCGGUAUCACCACCGUCUUCCCAGGUCGCGCUAAUCACUGCCUCCUAUACCAUCCCACAGGUCGCCUCCUCUCCCGUAUUCCCUUUUGUCCUCGCUCCCGCCUAUAUACCCUUCGAGUUCCUCGUCUUCCCUCUGCCCAGGCAGUCUCCCGCUCCCUCCUCCCACCUCACAUCUCCCCCCCUCCUCUCCCUCCUUCUAACCCAACCAUUCCCCCCCUCCCCCCUGACCCAACCUGCUCCUGUCGAUCCCUCUCCCAUCCCACCGUCCUCCUCCACCACAGGCUUGGUCACCCCAACUUUGCCACCCUCCGCUCGACCGUCUCCUCAGGUCUCCUUCGAGGUCUUCCCCUCACCCUCCCUCCCCUCCCUCCCUCCCUUGCCCCUCCCUGCUCCGUCUGUGUCCAGAGCAAGCUCAAGCAGCUGCCGCAUCGGAGUUCCCCCUCCGCUGCUGCUCAGCCGCUUGAUCUUGUUCACAUGGACCUCUGGGGCCCCAACCCCUCCCCUUCCCGCCAGGGUCAUCGCUACAUGCUUGUUCUGGUCGAUGAUCACAGCCGAUAUUCUUCCGUCUCCCUUCUUCGCUCGAAGGGUGACGCUCCGACUGCGAUCAUCGCCUGGCUCAAGCAGGCGAGCACCCACUUUGGCCGCCCUGUGCGCCGCCUUCACUCUGAUGGCGGUGGCGAAUUCCUUAAUCGUCAGGUAGCCUCCUACUGUGAGCUUCAUGGCAUUCGCCAGACUCACACCCUCCCCCACUCCCCCCAGCAGAACGGUGUGGCCGAGAGCCGUGUUCGGGAGAUCACCAAGAUUGCUCGGUGUCUCCUCGUCCAUGCCUCUUGCCCCCCUUCUCUGUGGGGCUAUGCCCUCCUUCACGCCACCCUCCUUACUAACCUGUACCCCCACCCUAUCCUUCCCUCCACCACUCCCACCGAGCUCUGGACGUCGGCCAAGCCUGACGUCUCCUCCCUCCGUGUGUGGGGCUCCAGGGCGUCGCGUGACGCAGUCCUAGGUGCCCCGCCUCCUGUUAUCCUCUCUUCCUCUACCUUGCCUCCUCUCUCCCCUCUCAUGGACCUCCUUUUUCAGACAGUCUUACAACAAAACACUAGCCCAACCCUGCCGUCGAGCUCCAGUACAGCAGUCCCAACAGCAGCAGCAACAGCUGCAGCAGCAGUUCCACCCACCGCAGCAGCACCAGCAGCAGCAGCCGUCACUUCUUCCUCGCCUUCACCCGCAGCAGCAGCAGCGGCGGCAGCAGACGCAGCAGUAGCAGCCGCCUCAGCAGCAGCAGCAGCAGAUGCAUCCUCAGCAGCAGCAGCAGCAGCAGUCCUCCCAUUCAUUUUCCACUCCUCCCUCCUCGAGGACUCCCAUGAGGAGUUCCUCAACCUCCACAUGCAUGAUCCAGCCGUCCUACCCAUCUCCCCUGACCUCAGCGGCACACCAGUCUUCGCCUUCUCCUCCGCCCCCACCAUCUUCGUCCCCGCCACGUACGAGGAGGCCAUGGCGUGCCCUGACGCUCACCUCUGGCUCGCGGCCAUCCUCAAGGAGUUGGAGGCGUUUAUUGCCAACUCCUCCUUUGUGGAUGUGCCCCGCCCUCCCUCUACCACGAACGUAGUCAAAGGGAAGUGGGUGUUUCGGGUGAAGCAGCUUCCUGGCGAGCCGCCGGUCUACAAGGCCCGCUACGUCGCCAAGGGCUUCACCCAGCGCUACGCUGUCGACUUCUUCGACACCUUCUCUCCCACCGCCAAGCCCGCUACCAUUCGCGCAGUCCUCGACCUCGCUGCUCGCCUCAACAUGGAGAUUCACUCCAUGGACGUCUCCAACGCCUUCCUCCAGGGGGUCUUGCGCGAGCUCAUUUACAUGGAGCGUCCUGCAGGCUUCCACCUCCCCUUUCCUUCCGACUCUGUCUGGCAGCUGCGUCGGCCGGUCUAUGGGCUCAAGCAGGCACCAAGGGAAUGGCAUGCCAAGCUUGCUGCCACCCUCGCCGAGCUUGGCUUCAGCACCUCCCGUGCCGACCCCAGCCUCUUCCUCCGCACCUCCCCCUCCCCCUUCUACAUCCUCGUCUAUGUCGACGAUAUGAUCCUCAUCACUGCCGACUCCGCCGAGCUCGAGCGCGUCAAGCGUGAGCUUGGCAGCCGGCUCAAGUGUAAGGAUCUAGGGGGGCUGCAGCACUAUCUCGGCAUGGAGAUUACCCGCGACCGUGCUGCUCGCACCAUCUCCCUCUCCCAGGGCCACUACCUGCAGCAGGUCCUGGAGCGGUUCGACAUGGCUCGAGGCACCCCUCAGGUCACCCCUCUUCCUGUUGGGCACCAUCUCACUCCCCUCACCUCCCCCUCCUCCUCCUCCCACCCCUACGCUGAGCUCAUCGGCUCUCUCAUGUAUGCCAUGGUCUCCACCCGCCCUGACCUAGCAUACCCCAUCAGCGUUUUGGCCCGCUUCGUUGGUACCGGCAAGCAUGAUGCCGCCCACUGGCAAGCGGCCAAGCGUGUCCUCCGCUACCUUCGGGGGACCAAGGACUACGUCCUUACCCUUGGCGGCCCCUCCCCUCCCCUCCUCACUGGCUACUCUGAUUCCUCCUGGGCUGACUCUAGGCCUGACCGCCGCUCCUCUCAGGGCUAUGGCUUCUCUCUUGGCAGCGGCCUCAUCAGCUGGCGCUCCACCCGCUCCUCCUCCAUUGCCCUCUCCUCCUGCGAAGCAGAGCUGUAUGCCGCUACCAUGGCUGCGCAGGAGGCCCGCUGGCUCUCCUUCCUUCUUGAGGAGCUUGGUGCCCUUCAGCGCUGUCCCACCAUCUGGUGCGACAACGCCAGCACCAUCCACCUCACGAAGGAUGCUGUGUUCCACGGGCGCUCCAAGCACAUUGAGCUUCGCCACUACUUCAUUCGCGAGCUUGUGCAGGGUGGCCACCUCCAGCUGGGCAAGAUUGACUCUGCUGCCAAUCUUGCCGACAUCUUCACCAAAGCCCUCCCCCACGCCGCCCACUCAUCCCUCCUUCGCCUUCUUGGCCUCGCUCCCCCCGUUCCCUCGUCCGCCUCCUGAUUCAAGCCCUCUAGUCUUAUGCAUGUUGGGGGGUUGUGUUGUAAAAUAUAUAUCUAUACAACAU